AUGCACGAGCACACCGACCUCUUAAAAUACGUCUACACGCCUUCAGGAUUGCGUGCUGAAGGCAAGGGUGAUCACGACGGCCUGCCACCAUUCAUGAGUCCCGUCGACUCUCCGUACGAGAGGCCCACCACGCCGCACGACGACAGCCCUGCAAGCGUCUCAGCAGGGAUACCGCAAGCUGCAGAUCAGAGGCUGAAAUACCGGUCAUGGCGAGAAGGGAACCCGACUUUAGGCGGAGGAGCCCCGGCAGGUAUUCACCUGCGCGAAGAUGGUGACCGUUCCCGUGUCGACAAGAAGAUUGAGGCGAAGUUACCGAAAGUAGAGCAGCCUGCAGUGGUAAGAAGUAGGAAGACGAGCCAUUAUCUCGGACUGUUCAAAGAAAACGACGCUGCUGAGGAGCAGAAGAGGAGGGAAGGAUUAGCCAAGGAACGAGCUUCAGCUGAGCAGGCCAUUCAAGAAGAUCAGGACGUGGAAGAAGACAGUUCACAGAGACAGAAGGCGCAGUCUUCUGUCAAAUCAAGAGGCGAAGAACCCGGUCAUACAGCCUCUCCGGAACCUUACAGCAGUCGUGUCGACGCAAGUCAUCCCAAGAGCCGACAAGUCUCUUCAUUGCGAUCGGCACUAGAAAAUGCGCCAACUACCGAACAAAACUUCCCGGAUUCAUUGAACAGGGACCGCCCAGCUGAAGGCAAGAAGCGUGGAAAACCUGCAAUCAGCGAUUCUUUACGGUCUGCGAUUCAGCGGCCGCCAGAGGGCAUCCCUCUAGAGCUCUUGACAGAAAUCAGAAAUCACCACAACCUCACGCCACGUGUUGAGCGAAGGAUAUCGUUCUCAUCAAGUUUACCGAUUGCGGAGUCUGAGCGUUCUCAAGAAUCGUCCGCAAGAGCAGGCCCGCAUCCUUCAUUCAAGAAGCUCACGGACUACUUUAAACCUGGCUUUGGAGAGAGGGACAGAUCGCCUACGACUGAGGAGGACGACGAGUCUGAAAGAGAACAGAUCUCUUCUGCGCUCUACAUACCCCACCGUCAGGUCUCUCCGGCGCGAACGGAGCAAGCGGGGGAGCCUGCUUUCCACGAUCAACCGACACAGGAACAGCUUGAGCCAGCUAGAUCGCCGGAUACCUCUUCGAAAGGGUGGUUAACGGAAGAGGCAGUGAGAAGUCCGGACGAAGUUGAGAUAUCGUUGCGGUCCCAGGACGAGAACCAGUACCUACAUGGAGAUUUGCACCGACGUACUACGCCUUCUGAGGAGGAGCUGCAAGGACAGCUUCAUGCACCGCCAGAGUCCAACGCGUCAGUCACUGAAUCGGAUUAUGAAUCUAUGGAUGAGUCUGCACGCUCAGCGUACGGUUAUGAGUCCAGUGCUACCGACGAUCCAGGAACGACUCCUACACAGGCAGCACCGAUCACCCAUGCGCCGCACCGAGAAUCGCAUCGCAGCCAUCAGCCUCCGGUGCCUCUCGGCGCUGUUGAGCUGAAGCCCUAUGAUCAUCAAGUCGGGGGUCACUCAACGGUCUACCGUUUCUCACGGCGCGCAGUCUGCAAGCAGCUCAACAACAGAGAGAACGAGUUCUAUGAGAUUGUGGAGCGGAAUCAUCCGGAACUCCUAGAGUUCCUGCCGAGGUACAUAGGAGUGCUGAACGUGACAUACCGCAAAGCGCCGAGGCGGAAGAAGACUGUCAAAGAGGACAAAAGGGAGCCUAGCGACGAUGCUGAUCGCUCCAUGCAAGCUAACGGCAACGCCCACUCAGAGAACCCAGAUGGCUCUGAGCAGCAGGUGAAUUCAUCGCAAACAAAUGGGGAGUCCUCCAACCACCAGCCCAGGAUCGUGAGCCAUUCGCAGCAGCCCAUGCCUGUGCCCCAGGUUAUCUUCGAGAACAACAGGCAUAUCAUACCAGAUAGCCUUUUCAACGUACAUAGGCGCCUAUCCACCCCGAGGCCUCAGACAAGCGAUCCUUCUCUGCUCUCUCAGAUGCAUCGACGUCACCUGAGUGACGCCGGGUCGCCAAACCGUGAUCAGCAGGGGACUCCGGACAGCAAUCCCACAAGACCCUCGAUAAAGCAGCACUCAAGCUGGGGCGCCACGACCGUCAAUCGGAAGCUCCAGGAACAGGUGUUGAAGGAGGUGUUCUCUCCGCCAGUGAUCCACCAUAACCGUUCAGGGCGCGGCCGCCACAGCCUAUCAUCCAGAAGAGUAGGAGAAGAACCCGGCUCCGUUCCGGGAUCCGCACCUCCUGGCCGACGUAGCAUUGCUGAUGUGUGUUAUGUGCAGGAGCGGUCUGGCGUAGAGGAAUCCACACUAAAGCAAGCCCUGCGAACCGAGGCUGACCGUCGACUGUCCGCCGAAGAUACUGCCAAGAGCUCGGGGUUUCCGCCGACUGAGCAGAAGGCCCGCAGCACCAACGAACCGGCUAAACGAACUUCAUCGGCAUCCCAGUCGCGUGUGCCACGGCGUCGUCACUCAGGUAGCGGCUUACGGAGAAGACCCUGCGACAUCAACACUUCCAAGAGGAGCAACCUUGAGUUCCAUGAGGAAGAAGGCUAUAAAGGGGACGGAGAAGAUGAAGUCUUUCCCAUGGAUGAAGACUCAAGCGGACUGAGCAGGCAGAGUAGCGGGUCUGUCGGGCCGGCAACGGCUGUGGCAGCCGACGACGCCAAAGCGUUUGAUCAAGCCACGAGCGGGACCGGGCCGACGCCGACCUCUGCGAAACCACCGACAGACCAUGCCGAAGCGCCCGCCGAAGAGCCUGCGGAUGCAGGGCAAGCCCAAGCCCAAUCCGACGAAAGGGUCCAGCAGUUUCUCUUGCUUGAAGAUCUCACGGCUGGCAUGUCCAAACCCUGCGUGCUCGACCUAAAGAUGGGCACCCGCCAAUACGGCGUCGAGGCCGACGAAAAGAAGCAGCGGUCGCAGCGCCGCAAGUGCCAGAUGACGACCUCGCGGGAGCUUGGCGUCCGUGUCUGCGGCAUGCAGGUCUGGAAUGUGAAGACGCAAUCCUACAUCUUCGAGGACAAGUACUUCGGCCGCGACCUCAAAGCCGGCAAGGAGUUUCAGGACGCCCUGACGCGCUUCUUCUUCGACGGUGUCGGCUACUCGGCCGCAACGAAGCACAUCCCCGUGAUUCUGGAAAAGAUCUCCCAGCUCGAACGCAUCAUUCGCAACCUGCCGGGCUACCGCUUCUACGCCAGCAGCUUGCUCAUGCUGUACGACCGCGGCGACGGCGAGCCCGACGUCAAAUCCGCCGCGCCAAGCCGCCGGGCUUCCAUGGACAAGUCCGUCAAGUCCACCGAGGACCAGAAGAAUGGGGGCGAGAUCAAGCUUAAGAUUGUCGACUUUGCGAACUGCAUCACAGCCGAGGAUGCCUGGCCGGAAAACAUGUCCUGUCCACCCAAGGAUCCGAACGGCGUCGACCGCGGUUAUCUCCGCGGCCUCCGCAGUCUGCGCAUGUACUUCCAGCGCAUCUGGCGCGACCUCAAUGAUCAGGAGUGGAUCGAGAGAGGUGAGGUGGAGGGCAUGGCAAGGAACGUCAAUCACACGAUUCCGGUGCCGGGAUGGGACGAUUCGGUCGUCGACGAGAAUCCGGGUGAUGUGAGUGUGUGA